GAGGAGAGGAGGAGAGGAGAGGAGGACCCCUGUCCCUGCAUCACGUGUACCGUUAAACGAGCGGAAAUCGGAGCCUGUCUCACACAUUUCGAGUGGAUCUUGCGAACCGAGCCGACUCCCCUCCCCACUGUGUUUCUAUGACAACAGGCACUGCUCGAGAAGAGUUCGGUGCGUGACGGGGUGCGCUCGGUUUGCGCAGUUCAACGCAAGGGGGAGGCGGAAACACCCACGGCAUAUCCCACCAUCCUUCCUUCAGCCCGAUGUAUGCACCUUCUUUUGACGAGUGCGGACUUUUCUCGAACCUCUGGAAACUCAACGGGACGCCACUAUGGUGCAUCACUCCGGAUCAAUACAGUCCUUCAAGCAGCAAAAGGGCAUGCACACCAGUAUCAGUGAGAUCCUGAAGGAUAAGAGCCUGAAGCCGUCUCGUCGCAGUCUGCCCUGUCUAGCUCAAAGUCAGACACAUCCUCACAACCUCAGCCACUUCCUCUCUGUGCCUCUGAACCCGGAGCCCAAAGCAAACGCAAACACUCAGAGUGUCCGUGCCUCCAGUACACACAUCACCCCUCCAUCCACAGAUGUUAGUAAUGGCCAGAAUGUAGAGGAGAUGGAGACAGCAGUGUACGAGUCUAGAACAGACGAGUCGCUGCUCAUCCAGCAGAAGCCUGCAUCACGAGGCAAGCUGGAGGCUCGUAUGGACUCUGUGCGGGGAACUAAUCCAGCAAACACCAAAGGGCUUUUGUUUCGAGAUGGUAAGAAACGAAUCGACUAUAUCCUGGUGUAUAAGAAGUCCAGUCCUCAGGUUGAGAAGAGAUGCACUUUUGAGAGGAACCUGCGUGCCGAGGGACUGAUGCUGGAAAAAGAGCCCUCUUUAACCAACCAUGACAUAAUGUUUGUAAAGAUACAUGCUCCAUGGGACACGCUGUGUAAAUACGCAGAGCAGAUGAACAUCAGAAUGCCUUUCAGGUACAGAAAAAAGUGCUACUUAUCAGACUGGAAAAAGAAGACAAUGGGAAGUCGAUUUCAUUUGAGAUGCCGUCAAAUAAAGAGUUGGCUGCCUAGGAACCCGAUGAAGCUGGAUAAGGAGGCAUUGCCCGAUCUGGAGGAGACAGAUUGCUACACUGCCCCCUUCAGCAGGGCCAGAAUGCAUCAUUUCACCAUCAACAACAGAGAUUCCUUCUUCUCCAACUCCACAAGAAGCAGAAUCGUGCACCACGUAUUACAGCGCACCAAGUAUGAGGACGGCAAGUCAAAGAUGGGUAUCAACCGGUUACUUGGCAAUAGCACAUAUGAGGCUGCGUUUCCCCCUCACGAGGGCAGCUACAAAAGCAGGCACCCUAUAAAGACCCACGGGGCUCAGAACCACAGACACCUGCUUUAUGAGCGAUGGGCUCGCUGGGGCAUCUGGUACAAAUACCAGCCUCUGGACCUCAUACGGCGGUACUUUGGGGAAAAGAUUGGCCUGUAUUUUGCAUGGCUGGGUUGGUACACAGGUAUGUUGAUCCCUGCAGCACUGGUUGGUCUUUUUGUCUUCCUCUAUGGCCUCUUCACCAUGGACUCCAGCCAAGUCAGUAAAGAGAUCUGUGAGGCCAACACUACCAUCAUGUGCCCCAUGUGUGAUGUGAACUGCAGCGCCUGGAAACUCAGUGACAGCUGUGUCUAUGCAAAGGUAACUCAUCUGUUUGAUAAUGGUGGCACAGUCUUCUUCGCCAUUUUCAUGGCAAUAUGGGCCACAGUCUUCCUUGAGUUCUGGAAAAGAAGAAGAGCAGAACUGACCUAUGACUGGGAUUUAAUUGACUGGGAGGAGGAAGAGUGUAAAUCCUGUGUCAUGGUGUGUUCAGAGGAACUACGGCCCCAGUUUGAAGCAAAGUACUCGCGGAAGGAGAGAGUGAACCCCAUCUCAGGCAAACAAGAACCUUUCCAGCCAUUCAGUGACAAACUCAGUCGCCUCAUGGUCUCUGUGUCGGGGAUCUUCUUCAUGAUCUCUCUGGUGCUGACAGCGGUGUUCGCUGUGGUGGUGUUCCGGCUCAUUGCCAUGGAGAAGUUUGCCUCCUUCCAGUGGGAGUUUGUAAAGAAGAACUGGCAAUUUGCCACCUCUGGCACUGGAGUCUGCAUCAACUUCAUGAUUAUCAUGUCUCUCAAUGUGGUUUACGAGAAAGUGGCCUAUCUUUUAACAAAUCUAGAACACCCACGGACCGAGUCUGAAUGGGAGAACAGCUUUGCCCUAAAGAUGUUUCUCUUCCAGUUUGUCAACCUGAACAGCUCCACCUUCUACAUUGCUUUCUUCCUGGGAAGGUUUGCAGGCAGGCCUGGAGAUUAUAAUAAGCUGUUUAACCGCUGGAGAAUGGAGGAGUGCCAUCCCAGUGGUUGUCUGAUUGAUUUAUGCUUGCAAAUGGGAGUGAUCAUGGUGUUAAAACAGAUUUGGAAUAACUUCAUGGAGCUGGGCUACCCGCUGUUACAGAACUGGUGGUCUCGGAGGAAGAUGAGGCGAGCGGGAGAACAAAAUAAUGUGGAAAGCAAAGAGCAGCUGCCUCAAUGGGACAAAGACUGGAACCUGCAGCCUAUGAAUGCUCACGGCCUGGUGGAUGAGUACCUAGAGAUGGUGCUCCAGUUUGGUUUCACCACCAUCUUUGUGGCAGCAUUUCCUCUGGCUCCUCUGCUGGCUCUGCUCAACAACAUCAUCGAGAUCAGACUGGACGCAUACAAAUUUGUGACACAGUGGAGGAGACCCAUGCCAGCAAGAGCGACUGAUAUUGGAAUCUGGCAUGGGAUCCUGGAGGGCAUUGGUGUGGUGGCGGUCAUUACUAACGCAUUUGUCAUUGCCAUCACAUCUGACUACAUUCCUCGAUUUGUCUAUGCCUUCAAAUAUGGGCCCUGUGUGGACAAGGGCUACCAGCAUGAGCAAUGCCUGAGAGGAUAUAUGAACAGUAGUCUGUCUGUGUUUGACAUGGGGGAGCCAAAAAACGGAAGUCAGUAUGAAACACGAUACUGCAGGUAUCGAGACUACAGAGCUCCCCCAUGGAGCUCACAGCCCUAUGAGUUCACUCUACAGUUCUGGCACGUACUAGCCGCCAGACUGGCCUUCAUCAUCGUCUUUGAGCACCUGGUGUUUGGCAUUAAGACCUUCAUUGCUCAGCUAAUCCCGGACAUGCCUAAAGACCUGUGUGAACGCAUGCGCAGGGAGAAGUACCUCAUGCAGGAGAUGAUGUAUGAAGCAGAGCUGGAGCACCUGCAGAAGGAGAGGAAGAAAAAUGGCAAGCGUUAUCACCAUGAGUGGCCUUAGCUUUGCCUAACGGAAGGACAUAUCAUAUGCACAUCCAUGCACACACUAAGAAAUAAAUAACCAAUGCGAGAGCACAUGUGAAUACAGGCACAGAGGAUGACCGUGCAGGAACUGCAAAAUCUUUGCAUUUAGUCAUGCAUGCAUGUCCAUGCUGCAGCUUUGGAUGGCUACGCUUUACUGACCAAACCCCUCAACACAUGCUUCCCACUUUGCUGGUUUUCUUUGCCUGUGAAUCAGAUAGUGAGGCUCAAGCUCUUUGAUGAACAGUGGCUCUUGAGUGGACAGCCCUGCUCUGCACCAAAGAGCUCCUUCUACAACUUUUGCCUGAGGCCUUCUCGUCAUCUUCUCUGGUUCCUCGAUUUUUUGGCUAAAUAUCAGAGUCCUGGGUGACAUUUUGCUUUAAUCGUCCCUUAAACCAUUCCUGCUGGCUUUUGCCUCUGCUGGCUUUGCUCUUUUUGGAAUUGUCUGUUGUUUGUAUGUUAGCAUUUCAAAAGGGAACAGGAUGCAAUUGUAUUGUUUACUAUGCAGAAGAAGGGCCUUGGAGUUUGUCUUCAGUGUGCACACCUUCGUCACCCUCCAUAGCUCCUUUCUCUUUUCUUUCUCUCUCUCUCUCUCUCUCUCUCAUUGUUUUUCUCUUUUUCUCUGGCAGCUAUAACACUAUCAACUACACUCUAUCUAAAUCUCCCCCUUACAAUGAAGUGCAGUUCGGCCUUUGUGUUCAUGCUUGGUUUUUCUAAGGACAAGGACUGGCCUUUUCCUUUUUUCGCUAAUCACAAGUACGCAAUUAUUCUUCAUAGAAAAGUGACUUUUCAGGUAAUGUGGAUACAAAUUUAUGCAAAAGUAGAGAAAAUUGGUUUAAAUGUUAUGUACCAUCUGAACAUAGCAUGCAGGUUCAACAUUCAAAAUCCAAAAAAAAAAGGUUUGUGUUAUUUUCAUUCUCCAAUGUUUUGUAGAUUUAUUCGAAAUUUACUCGUUGUUUAUAAUCUGUACCUUGUCUUGCAAUAGGAUAUGUUCUGUGUAUUGUAAGAAUCUGUCCCCUGGCAUUUUACUGGUUUUGGGCUGACUGGGACUUUGUUUUGCUCUGAUCUGAAUGGUGAUUCUGUGGUUUACAUGGUUAAAUAUGGUUAUAUGGCUAAAGAUGUACAUGAUUCAUUCAUCCAUGUGUAUCUCCACAGGCCUGGUCCUUUAUAAAAUGGGCGAGUUUAAAGGAUUUUUCAUAGGAUUUGGUCAGGAUUAAAAGACAAGUACAUGCUUUACUCACAGCAGAUCUGUGUAGAAGACAAGGGCAGAUGUCCAACAGAAGUUUUUGUUUAAGCACUAGGAUUGUGUAGCAUUCAGUGAAAUAUAUAAACACAACAAUCUUUCUUUUUUUCAUUUCAUGCCAGCUGUCGGAUUGUGACACUGCAGAACAUAUUGUUUAUUAUUUAAUAUAACCCUUGUGUUCUGUGUAUGUCAAAUGACCAGUUUGAAAGUAGAUCUAAUCUAAAAAUGCUUAUUUUCUGGGAUCAGAUUUACUAUUUAACAUGAAAAGAAACACAUUUUACAUUUGUUGCAACAUAUUGUCUUUGUGUCCUUUCAUCCGGUGGAAAAAAAUAGAUUAUAAAUAGUAGUGCUUUGUACAAAAAUAAAACAAAUUGGUCAAUUCACUCUAAAUUACAUUACCUUCAUGGAUUAUUAGCACUCAUACCAGAUUCCACAUGCCUGAUGGAAACAAGAUUCCUGAGCAUGUCUUUUUGUGUGUGUUUACUGUCCCUAGAAAACUUAGAGUAGAUGUCUCCAAGACUAGUCUUUUCAAAUAUCACAAUGAUCAACAUUAUCAUCUGUCAACAGAACACAAGGGUUAAUGACUUUUCUCCUCUCUGCUUAUAAAGUACACAGUAGCUCAAUGUGUCUGUAUGUGUGUGUGUGAGAGAGAGAGAGAGAGAGAGAAAUGAAGAAAGCAAGUGUGUCUUAUGCUGCUGUUAUGUAUCUCGGUCUUUAUUUCGCACACCCCAAAGUGACAUAUCUGUUCUCCUCAGGCCAAAUUUAUAUCAUUUAUCUACCUUAUAAUUAGAUAUUAAUCUUCAUUGUAAAGUUUAUAACUUUGCACUUUUGCAUGGUCAUUCUGUAUAAGGCAUAAUCAUACACCACUAAGAGGAAAGGAGUACUUUAAAAGCAUGGAUCAUUUCCCUGUACCUCAACAAACAGCACAAGACAGUAAGACCACAAGGAAAUCGCUGUGGUAAAAGUUAAAGUAAGAGAAUUCCAUAUUUCAUUGUUAUGAAAGAUUGAUUGAUUUAUUUAUUUAUUUAUUUAUUUAUUUAUUUAUUUAUUUAUUUAUUUAUUUAUGUAUGUAUGUUUGAUUAGUACUGGCAGUCAUACUCUGAAAUAGAGUGCAAAGAUCUGUCGUUUUCAGGUGACAAACUGUUUCUGCUACCUUUGCCUACAAUGCAGCGUGUGAUUUGUACCAUGCCAUUGUUUUGCCAUGAUGUAUUUGGUAAUCUAUGCAUGAUCUCAGCCAUGACGGCUGCAUCUGUCUGGUGUUCUAUUGAGAAACGCGUGUAUCUGGUGCACUUUUACUGUGGAGUCUGCAUGGAGUGCAUUGAUUAGUCUAAGAUUAUCUGAUCUGUGAUCAGUUUGUUGUAUAGGUGCACAGCUGUCAAUCAUAUUCAUUCUCAAUUAGACCAUCUUACAUUGGAAUUGGCCUUAAAGUAAUGAUUUUCCAACAACCUGGUAAUGAAUUAUCUCCCUGCUCUAACCAAGCUUGAUGAUGAAACGAUAUUGUACUUUGGUAUCUAAUGAAUACACUCUGCUGUGUACAAAAUAUGUCUAUAUUGGAUACACCUGACACAAACACACAUAGCAAAAAAAAAAAGAACAAAAAUAAGUUUUAACAGAGUAAAUAAAGCAUGCAAUACACCUUGAGGGUCCAUAUUUAAAAUGUAUUUAUU